CGAGGACCCCGCACAGCCAAGAUGGCGGCGUCCGUGCGGCGGGCGCGCAGCCUGCUAGGGCUGGCGACGUCCCUGGGCCGGGGCUCCCGGGACUACCGGGCGCCGCCGCCCCCACGCCGCUCGCCAGGGCCCUGGUGGCCGGACCCGGACGACCCACUGACCCCACGCUGGCAGCUAGGGCCGCGCUACGCGGCCAAGCAGUUCGCGCGGCACGGCGCCGCCUCCGGGGUGGCCGCCGGUUCGCUGUGGCCCUCGCGGGAGCAGCUCCGCGAGCUGGAGGCCGAGGAGCGCGAAUGGUGCCCGAGCCUGGCGGCCAUGCAGGAGUCGCUGCGGGUGCAGCGGCUGGCGGAGGAGCAGAAGCGUCAGGCCAGGGAGCAGCUCAUUGCCGAGUGCAUGGCCAAGAUGCCACAGAUGAUUGAGAGCUGGCGGCGGCAGCAGCAGGAGCGCAGGGAGAAGGAGCAGGCGGACAAGGAGCGGCGGGCCCAACUGCAGGCUGAGGCUCAGGAGCGCCUGGGCUACCACGUGGACCCGAGGAGCGCCCGCUUCCAGGAGCUGCUGCAGGACCUGGAGAAGCAGCAGCGCAAACGCCUCAAGGAGGAGAAACAGAGACAGAAGAAGGAGGCACGAGCUGCUGCGCUGGCCGCUGCCACAGCCGAAGACCCGGCAACCUCCGUGGCACCCGGUUCCUGACUGGUCUUCUCCCAAUAAAACCUGCCGCCUGAUGGCCCCACCCCUGAUUUUGUCCUCCUCUCUCAUCAGGCCCCCUCCUGGGGCCCCUGGUUCCUUCCCAACACCUGGGGCCAGGGAAUCCCCCACCUUUCCUGGCUCUGCUCACUCGGGGACUCUGGGCCCUGCUAGCUCAGGCUUCAGGGGGAGAAAGAGAGACGCAGUGGGGAAAUAAUGGAGGAGCAGAUGGCAGAGGAGAAGGCUUCUGUUUACCAACAUUAAUCUCCAGUAAUUAGCCAAUUACUAAGGGGGGAAGUGUAGCCAAAACAGACUGUGGUGCUGAUGGGGGGGGGUGGGUGGGCAGGGAGAAGCAGCCCUUCCAAGGCUAAAUUGGGGCUGGGGCCCACUGCCUGGGAACGAGCUGGCCUCAAAGGAGGGUGUGGAGACGGGGAGCCCCAGUCUGCAGAGGCUGACAGACCACUGCCCCUUCUUGGCACCGCUGUAUCACCUGUGCCCAACCAGCCCCCAGACCCAGAGGAGCCAGAGUAGGAAGCCCCAGUAGGCACACACCGCAGGACGAGCGUUUAAAACUUUAUUCGCUUCAAAACCUUUAUCAGAGACACGUUCUGUCCUGGGGUGGGGGUGGCCUCGACCUCCGAAGCAGCUCUGAUGUUACCCCCUCCCCAGGCAGGACAAGCCAGGCCUCCUCCUCCCCAGCAAAGGGAUGCAGGCUAGAGGCCAAGGCCAGACUAGGGAAGGGAUCCUUAGGCCUCCCGAGGUGCUCACCCGAGAUGGAAAGGUUGGGCCACUCCAAUGGAGGAUCAAAGUUUGGGGCUCCAGCUUCCCCUCACCCUGGAAGAAGGUGGGCGGGGGGGAGGUCUCAGGGGCUCUUUGGGGGAGGGGGAAGCAGGCAGCCGCCUCUCCAUCUGGCCGCAGGGAGCUGGGACAGAGGCCAAGAGGGGCCCAUCUGUCGCCUCCAGUCCUGCCAGUUUCUUGGAGCAGGCAGGGCUGGGGCGGGGGAUCAGGGACAGCUGUCUGGCCUGGGUCUUCUCAGGCCAAGAUGGGAAUUGGAGCCACUUUGGGAGGAUGGGAAGUUGGUUUUUUUUUUUUUUUUUUUUUUAAGGUUUUUGAUUUUUUUUU